CACUGCACACUCUCUCUCUCUCUCUCUCUGCUUCGCUUUCCACUUCCUCCAGAUCUGCUGCAUUCUCUUGCGUUUCGGCGUCGUCGUCGUCGUCGUCGAGCUCGCGCGCCGCCUCCACAGCUUCGCCGGCCGGCCGCCUCCCAUGGCGAAGGUCUGCCUCCCCGCCCUCCUCGUCCUCCUCCUCGUCCGCCCCGCCCUCGCCGCAGAUCCGCCUCAGAUCCCGCCGGCCCUCUCGCCUGAGCUCGCCCCCGAUGCCCCCACUCCGGUAGCCGGAGCUCCCGAGCACUACUCCCCCGCCUCGUCCCCGCCGUCGCCUCUCCCGUCGGGCUCGCCCCCGGCUCCCGCGCCGGCGACGCCGUCCCCGUCCCCGUCCCCGUCCCCGAGCAAGUCCGCCGGCACGCGCCACACGGGGGUGACCGUGUCCGACGAGGACGCGGGGGACGGCGGGUCGUCGUCGUCCGGCGGCGACGGCGGGCUGAGCAACACCAAGAAGGCCGGGAUCGUGGCGGCGGCGAUCGUGUUCGCGGGGCUGGCGCUGCUGGGAGGGAUGGUGUACAAGAAGAGGAAGGACAACAUAAGGCGGUCGCAGUACAGCUACGCCGCUCGGAGGGAGAUCCUCUGAAGGAAGGAGAAGCGUGUCGCCACACACGAUUCUUCCUCCGGUGCUUCUUGGGUAUAAUUUUCUUUUGAUUUGGUCAUGAUUUCUGGUUACAGCUUAAUGGGGGUCUCGCCAUACGAUAUCGUACGGGGGGGAAAUCAGGAUUGAUAUUGAUAUUGAUAUUGAUAUUGAUUGAUUCGUGACUGUCGAUCGAGCUGCAAUAAAGAUUUGUUUGGAAGA